CAGUAUCAAAUUUCUAAAGUACUUAUGUAGAUAUCAAAAACAUGUGAUAAAUAAAAUUCAAUUUAAAAAUACAUAACAAUAGGUUUAAAUGACAAUCUAUGCAGAUAUUUUAAAGCAGUAUAUUAAAAAUGUUCAUUCGGUUGGUUUACGUUGUUGCCUUUUUGGCAAUAGCUACACAAGGUGCUGAUCAUAAUAUUAUUCUAGAUUGUAAGAGAGUAUCUUUUUGCAACACCUUUCGCUCCAAAACUCCAAAUGAAAAUACUACAUACAAAGCAAAUUUGGAGAGUUUAGAUAUUCAUGGGGGAGUCGCAAAAAUAAAUCUAACAAACCAAGAUGAAGAUACAUUGAUUUUGCAGAUUUCUGCUUUAGAGGGAGACAAAUUUCGUGUCACCAUAGAAGAACUCGAUUCUAGAAGGUAUAGGUUGAAGGAUGUUUUGUUAGAGGAACCGGGAGUUGUUAAAAUUAAGUAUUCUAAAGUUGCAUAUGGAGAGUUGGUACUAGCAGAGUCAGAAGUAUCCAAAAAUAGAGUUGUUGUUCAAGGUAACCCGUUUAGUAUACAGUUUUGGAAGGAUGACUCUAUACAAUUGAUCAUUGAUGGAACCAAACUCAUUAUGGAAAAGAACGACCAGGAUGAACCCUUCACACUAUCCAUGAAAUUCCCUAAUGCCCAGCAAAUCUAUGGUAUCCAUGAGCAUGCUGACGCGUUAGCUCUGCGCAAUACCAUCAAUUCAACCAGUGACCCUUAUAGGUUAAGAAACUUGGAUGUAUCUGGUUAUGAACUAAACUCACCCAUGUCCUUGUACGGAGCUAUACCUCUGCUGUAUGGUCAUGGUUCGAACGGUACAUCUGGUAUAUUUCUUCACAACGCUGCCCAGCAAUGGUACGAUUUAAAUGAGAAUGAAGUGUACAUCAUGGUACAGAGCGCCAUGUUGGAUCUUUUCGUUCUCCUGGGUCCAAAACCGAAAGAUGUGCUUAAACAGUACGCUAGUUUAACUGGCGUUUCACACAUGCCCCAACAAUGGGUCCUGGGUUACCACCAAUCGCGAUGGAACUACGAUAACCAAACAGACGUUGAAGAAGUUAUAGCCAACAUGGACAAAAAUAAUUUCCCAAUGGACGUUAUAUGGUUGGAUAUUGAAUACACCAACGGUCGUAGGUACUUUACGUGGAACCCAGAGAAUUUUAGCAACCCUGUAGGAAUGCAAAAAAAUAUUUCAUCAACAAACAGAAAGCUCAUCACCAUCAUAGAUCCCCAUAUCAAAGUUGAUGAUGACUAUAAGGUUUACACUGGAGCUAGGGAUGCCAAAUUGUUCGUAAAAAAUAGUGAUGGGUCGGAUUUUCAAGGAGUCUGCUGGCCUGGUAUGAGCAGCUAUAUAGACUUCCUCAACCCUACAGCCAGAGCUUACUACGCACAAUGGUACUCCUACGAAAAUUUCAUAGGAUCCACAGAAGUUUUGGGGGGGAUAUGGAACGACAUGAACGAACCAUCAGUUUUUGACGACGCGUUGGAAAAAACUCUACCCAUGGACGCUUUACACAUUGGAAAUGUAAAACACAGAGAUAUUCACAACAUAUACGGGCUUCUACAUACCAUGUCGACCCAUCUGGGUCUUCUAACCCGCGAUAAUGCCACCAAACGUCCAUUCAUCCUCACUAGAUCUCAUUUUGCUGGCACUCAAAGAUACGCUGCUAUUUGGACAGGGGACAACGAUGCUACAUGGGGACAAUUAAAAGUCAGCUAUGCUCAGUGCUUGAACGCUAACAUCAUGGGCAUCCCAUUCUGUGGGUCGGAUAUUGGUGGCUUCACCAAUCAGCCAACAGAACAGCUGCUGCAGAGAUGGUAUCAGUCAGCAGCUUGGACUCCAUUCUACCGCGAACACUCAACAGAAUUCUCAGCCCGCCGUGAACCUUACGUAUACCCUGAAAACGUUCAAAACGUCAUCAGAAACGCUAUGCAACUACGUUACAAACACAUACCCUUGUGGUACACCCUCUUCUAUGAGCACACGAGGUACGCUGAACCCGUAUUAAGACCACUCUUCUACGAAUACCCAGAGGACGAAAAAGUUUUCAAAAUCGAUGAUCAACUCUUUGUCGGUAAGGACGUCAUGGUGAGGGCUGUACACGAGGAAAACGCAACGUCCGUUAAUUUGUACCUUCCCGGUGAUGACAGAACGAUUUGGUACUCGAUUAGUAAUAAUAAAUCUUACGAAGGUGGACACCUGCGCAACAUACCUGUCGAUAUAAACGCGAUUCCCGUUUUUUAUCGAGGUGGCAGCAUAAUUUUUAGGAAGGAUAUUCCGAGAAGAAACACUGUGGAAAUGAAAGAUGAUUGCUACACAGCCUAUGUCAAUUUAGAUGUGAAUGGAAAAGCACAAGGAACAAUAUAUCUGGAUGAUUUGACGAGUUUUAGGUAUAAAAAUUUAAAAGAUUACAACUAUGCUCGUGCGAAUUUCGAAGAAUUAGAUUCAAAAUUUACUUUAAGACCUAUUGACGACAGUAAAGGAAAAUACAAUAUAACAUUGUGUGAUAUCGUUGUAUAUAAACCUAAAAGCAAUGAAGUAAUUGAGGGACUAUUCUCUCAAGAAAUUUACACUAAAAAUAAACAAGGCAAAUCUUUGAAAGAUAUCAAAAUAAAAUUAUGGGAAACUAUAGAACUAGAGUUGUAAAUAAUAUUUACCAAUA